AAGGCAUCAAAGCCCUUCCAAAGCUAAAACAAACUUUUAAAAGGGAAAGCAAGCAAGCAAGAAGAAGAUGAAUCUUUCAUAUUCCUAUUUGGUUCUUUCUUUUCAACUUCUACUUUUGAUGUGUGGACAUGAGAUAUAUGCUGUGAAGGAUUUGAGGGAAAAUCAAGGGGAUGUUUAUCAUGCCACGGGAGAUGCCGUGAAAGAGUUUUCUCAACUUGUCAAGGAACUUGAGGAUAAAUAUUCUAAUGUUGCUGCUUGGAGAUCUUCUGUCGAUAAAAAUCCCGAAUUAUCCUCUCAACUUGUCAAAGAACUCGAGGAUGAAUAUGCUAAUGUUGCUGCUUGGAGAUCUUCUGUCGAAAUCAAUCCUGACUUGCCUUCUCAACUUGUCAAGAAAUUGGAGGAUAAAUAUUCUAAUGUUGCUGCUUGGAGAUCUUCUGCCGAAAUAAACCCUGAUUUAUCUUCUCAACUUACUAAAGAGUUUGAAGAUAUCUAAUGCUGUUAAUUGGAGAUCAUCGAUCGAUAAAAAACGUGAAUCGUCUUCUCAACUUGUUAAAGAGCUCGAAGAUAAAUAUUCUGAUCUUUCUGUCUUGAAAUCUUACCUGGAAAAAGGUUCUGAACCAUCUUCUCAACGUGCUAAGGGAUUGGAAGCUAUAUAUUCCAUAAUUAGGAACGUCUAAGGUAACAUAGAUGGAGCUUGAGAACAGGGUUUGACAAAAAAUGGGAAGUAAUAUUAUGCUUAAUAAACUACCUCUCCAAAUCUUGUAAGC